CGGGACUAAACUGAACCGUCAACAGCUGACAGCUUUAAAUAUCCACAUCGGCCAUCUGCUACAGGGCUCUCCAGCUCUGACGUAGCAGUAUCAUGUCGUCUCCAGCUGGACUGCAGCCACUGUCUCACUUUCUUUCACGCUGGAUGCAAGACAGCUCUCGAGCCGGGGUUUUUCUGGACCAAUCCCCAGGAGAAGUGGCCUCUGUCAGGAGCAGCUGUAGCUCUCCGGGUAUGGAGGAGUUAUUAGAUGACUCCUUCUGCUCGCAGUUUGCUCCCUUACCUGUGUCAAUCAGCAGCAGCUGCGUAAGUGUGGACUCAGUCGGGCACACACAGUCUAGGAGGGACCAGGAGUCUGAAAAAUCUAGCUGUGACUUGGAUUUGGUCCGUCACAUGGGGAGAAAACCACAAGCACUGAUUGACAGACUUGAACAGUUGAAGCAGCUGCAGCAGAGGAUGCAAGAGCAGCUAAAAACCCAUCAGCUGGAGCAGUUGCAGAAACUACAAGACCAACAUCAGACAGUUCUGGGAAUAGUGCAGACCACCACAGGAACAGAGUCGAGUGUGUGGAAUCAGGAUUCCAGUGUGGAGCACAAAUUUUCUGAACAUACCGGUGAGGAACAUCAUGAUCUCGAAGGAGAAUCACUGCAGUCCUCCAUGGAGAACCAGAGUGUGUGCAGAAAGGAAAACGAACCAGAGCAGAGUGACAGGCCCAUCAGAUCAGGUCUUGGUGGAAAAACAUUUGAGGAGAUGCUGGAGGAGCAGCUAAAGAUGGAAAACGAGAAGUUAAGCAAGAGAUCUGAACGCCCUACGGAGCAGAACGUGAAGGUAAAGAGGCCGUUUCUAAGGCAAGGAGAAGGCUUGUCAAGAUAUAUGAAAGGCAAAGCUGCUGCACCUUCCAAAAACAUGGCAGUUAAAUCAAACACCAAACCCACAACAGAUGUUGACCCUUCAAAAUCUCAGGGCCCUGUGAUUAGAUCCCACCAGAGCUCAGAGCCAAAAAAACCACUACCAAAAUCUACAAGCUCAACGAAUGUUACAAUCCAGCGUAAGACUGCUGUGCUGAACAAAGAUAACUUUGCUCAGAACAAGACUUCAGUACCAGUAACCAAAACUCUUCCUAAAGCUCAUGUUGUGUGGGCCCAACAUAAUGUAAGGCCAGAAGCACAGAACAUCUCUGAAUCGAGGCACCAAAGCAGGAGUAAUAAACAACCUGAAUCUCAACAGGUGGUCAGUUCAAAUGUCAGGAAGGAAAUGUUAUCAGGACAAGUUCAUGGUACGAAUGAACAUGGUGUUCAAUUUGCCGAGAACUCAUUUGAUGUGUGGCUUAAAGAGCGUGGUGAGCGUUGGGACAAAGAUCAGCGGCGUGAGUGUGUGGAGCUUGGUGAGUUUGAGCUGCUCGAGAGAGCAGCACAUGAACUCUCGUUUUCCAGUAACUCGUCCUUUAUUAACACACUCCUUCAGAGAGAUAGUAGACGUCUGUCCUCCACUCCGGUCAAAUCGCCCCCGAAAGGCACGGUUCCUGACCAGCGUUGUGAUAACGCUGCAAGCUCAAUGCAGCCAGUCGUCGGCAGGGUCCUCGGUCCUCCAGUUCCACCUGUAGACAGUGCGGCGGUAAAAGAAGUAGCAGGUACAAAGCAGGAUGAAGUGAGAAACGAAUCAUUUGAAGAUGAAGAGGAGUCUGAUUCCUCCCUGUAUAGCAACACAGUGUUUCACCAGUCCACAGUUGGGCCAAAUCUGCAAGAACCUUUCAGCCAUGGCUUUCAAGUGUCUUCACUCCCGUACGAUAAGCGCUCCUAUCAGGACAGGGAUGGAGGUGGCAGUCCAGAGGGGGAAGAAACGAGCCAUGUAGACUCGACUCUGGUGGACAGAGGUCAGGUCGAGUUUGACGAUGACGACACGUGGAAUGAGCCUGACGAUUCGAUUUACAGUCCUCCUAAGUUGGCUAUUCAAUCAGAAAAGGCACCGAAGAGAAAAGUCGCAUUCUCAAAGGAGACAGAGUCCGAUCGUCACAUUGCCAGCCCUUUACACCAUAAGCCCGAACCUCCACCCACAUGCCAGCUGGUAGCGAAGCUGUUUCCAUCUCUGAAGCCGCAGUCUUGCCCACCCCCACCAGUGCAGGAUGCAGCAGAAGACACUGAGCAAGGAGCAGUCCAGUCAAGGUUACUCCGUGAGCGUUUGGUGGAGCUGGAGAUUGAGAUGGAACGGUUCAGGACAGAAAAUGCAGCACUGAGCCGACUCAGACAGGAAAACCAGGAAUACAAAGAGACUCUCCGAAAAGACAGAGCUGAGUUUGAAGAGAAGAUGGAAAGUGAACUUAGCAAAUGGGAGGAGUUCAAAUGUGAAGAGAGCAAGAAGCUCCAGCGUGAAAGGAAGCUGUUUGAGAAACAUGCAGCGGCAGCAAGAGCAAGACCAGACAAACAAGAACGAGAUGAGAUACAGUCUCUAAAGCAGCAGCUGAACUCACUCCAAGAGGAUCUGAAGAAACGAGAAGCUCGCUGGAGCAGUACCAACAGUCGUCUCAGACAGCAGCUUGAUGCCCUCAACGCAGAGAAUGCUACGCUCCGAGACCAAGUGCGUACGCUGGAGAAACUCCGUCUCAAUACCUGGAAAACUGCUGAGACUGAACAAGAUAGAGAGAAAAAAAGAGGAAGGUCCAGUACGUCUAGCAGUAGCACCAACCCCAGAAGGACAAAAUCAAAGAGCCCUUCCUCCAGUGAUAGGAGCAGCCCACCUGAGAGCAACAACAGCAGCCCAGAAGUUCAAAAUCCUACUAAAACCCAAGCCGGUUCUUCAAACACACGCCCUUCAGGUUGGAACUGGCAAAAGGACCCCAUGCCAAAUUUAGAUGGACUGGUUGUGUCUGAAGCAAAAAGCCCCGACUCUCAGCUAACCAAUAACUCCGGCCUCUCAGCCUCGGAAGUGGACAGCCCCAGGCCCUACACAGGACAAUCAGAGACGCAACAGGAGGAGAUCAUGCACACAGACGGCAAGAUUGAGAAGCUCUUGCCUGACGGAGGACGACUUAUCGUUUUCCCCAAUGGUACAAGAAAAGAGGUGUCUGCAGAUGGGCUGUCUGUCAAAGUCACUUUUUUUAACGGAGACAUCAAACACAUCAUGCCGGAUCAAAGAGUGAUUUAUUAUUAUGCAGAGGCUCAAACCACACACACCACCUACCCUGAUGGAAUGGAAGUGCUUCAGUUUCCCAACAACCAAAUAGAAAAACAUUUUCUAGAUGGUCGUAAGGAAAUCACUUUUCCUGAUCAGACUGUCAAGAAUCUCUAUCCUGAUGGGAGAGAGGAGAGUGUUCUUACAGAUGGAACGAUAAUACAACAAAAUCCGGAUGGCAGUAAGCAGAUCCAGUUCAACACAGGCCAGCAUGAGCUCCAUACCUCAGAAUUUAAGAGGCGUGAAUACCCUGAUGGCACCAUUAAAACCGUUUACUCAGACGGACGGCAGGAGACCCGCUACCCUACCGGUCGAGUGCGGCUUAAAGACUCUCAGGGACGCAUCAUUACGGACACCAAGACCUAGGUCAUCAUGUACCUUUUAAGCUAACACUAUAAUAUAGUUUAUAGAAGAAGGACGUUUGCUAAUUUAGUGGAACUAAUGUUUGAGUACUGUGUGUUUUAUAAUGAAUGAAGUAUUUAUUUCAAGUGUACAUUUUUGUAAAAUAAAUAUUUUUAUAAUUUA